CAAGGCAGAAAGUAAAGAAAUCAUAGCCUGUUGUCUCUGCGCCACAUCUGACAGCCGGAGCAGCUCAGACGGGACUUUUCUUCUUGGACUUUGAUCACAUGAUUCACAGGAGUUUCCCCAGAAACAUGAUGGAAGGACUCCAGGACUCUUCCCUGCCGACUGAAGCUGGUCCAGGUCCCUCUGAAUCAGGAGAACUUACUUAUAGAGCAGCAGCUCGGUGUUGGCAUGCAUGUUGGAGUUAGUAAAGACUUUUCUACAAGUUUGCAGAAGCUCCAGCGGCACAGCAGAUGUGAUGGUGUUACAACGUCCAAGGGAGGAGAUGAUCAGCAUCCUGCUGCUUGUUGUCCUGACAGCCUCUGACUGUGGAGCUCUUGUCCUGAAUGUGAGACAGUCUGUCAGUCAGGCCGAGGAGAACAGGAACGUCACCAUGGAGUGGACCUUCACUCCCAACAUGAGACUCAAAGACAUGGAACUCCAUUUUGCAUUAUGGGUAUCUGAUGUUAAGACGUUGAAGACAGUAUAUCUUCUACUAGAAGGUGUUGAGCUGUCAGGAUUUCAAGAUGAGCAGUUUGCAGGACGAGUUGGAUUGGACAAAGACGAGCUGAGAAAAGGAAACAUCAGACUUCAUCUGUCCAGACUCAGGACUGAAGACUCAGGCGUCUAUCGAUGUAAAGUGUCCACUUAUCAUGACGGGACCAUCAGUGAAUGUUCACUCAACGUCACUGCAGCCAGGAUUCAGCCCACAGCUGAGGAGACCCAGCCGACAGGUCGGGGAAGGAUCGCUCUCUUCGUUUGAUCUGGACUUUGUGUUGCAGCACUUUUCCUCCUGAUGUUCUUCACUCUGCAUGGACACAUUUCUUCUAGAAUAAAUCUCCAGCAUGUGAAAACUGGGGGUCAAACACCCUGUUAAUAUCAGUGAGCAGAGCAUAAAACCAACUGAUCAACUUGAAAAGACAGAAAGGAACUUCAGUCUCUGAUUGUCUGGACUGAAUCAGAGAUCCUGCUGCUGACUUCAACAGGACGCUGUGAAACAGCAGGGAGCAGCUGAAUGCAGCUCUGUGCCCGAGACAAACUUCCCUGCUGCCACAAUAAAGUUUAUUAUUUAGUUCUGAUAAUGGUGAGGGUCGCCUGGCUCCAGGAGUCAACCAUGAUCCUCAGAGUCGAGCGACGGACCGAUGGUGGAACGAGUCAGGUGACCCUGAUGACACUGAGGACGGUGGUCCCAACAGGGAGGAGCACUAACGAACCCACCACCUGGAGAACGACCCCACAGGUUAAAGACCCGGGACGUCCCACCAGUCUGUCUGAACUGGAGAAGAGAAACGUCUUCAAGAACCUACAGACAGUCCAGCUGAUCUGCAUUCAGCUCUGGAUGGGACUGAGCAGCACUGAUGCACUCGCCUGCCUGGCCUCCAGAGGAUAUUACACUUUGCUCAUAUUAGUACAUUUGCUUUAUCAUGUUUUUAUUGGAAUACUGUUUGUCCUACUGCACUUUUCAGUUUUGUGCUGUUCACCUCAUGUCCAUCACUUGUGUUUUAACUCGCCUGUUUCCUUGUUAUUUUAUUGUUUCAUGAGUUUUUGCUGGAGUGACAUGAGGCUUCUGAUUCUGAUUCUAUUCUGUGCUUUUCUAUUCUAUCACCUACUAAGUUACAUACAAAUAGACUUGAGUAAAUAAUUAUAAUCAUAAAUACUAACCGUUAAUCUACAUUUAUCAAACUGAAUCACUUUAUUUUUCUUGAUUCAUGUUGUGUCAUUUAAAGUUCUCUUAUCUGACUUCUCUGGAUCAUUGAUGCUUGAGAAAUGUUCAUUUAUUUUACUGCUGUACUUAUUUAAAAUUGUAAAAGAAUGAUAAGCACUGUUGCACUAUAGCACACAUUACACUUUGCACAUAUUUGUGAAUAUGCUUUAUCAUGUUUUUAUUGUGAAAUUGUUGGUCCUUUUUACUGCACUUUUCAGACAGCUAACCCCGGCCUAUGCUCUUGUAUUUUAACUCACCUGCGUGUCCGUGUUGUUUGACUGUUUCUUGAGUUU